CAGCGUUGAGGUGUCGCGCUUUUUCGCUCCGCGACGUACUCGGCCGUCGCCAAGUUUCGAGAUAUAUCGUUUACCGUUCCUUCGCGAGAACAACGCGCCUCGUCGCGCUGUGCGACGCGCGCGUGCCGUGCGUUGCUUCGAUUCUCCAAGAGCUAGAGAGACACAGAGAGACAGAUUCGGCAAGGGGGUGAAAGAGAGAGAGAGAGAGAGAGAGGGGGAGGGAAGAGACGUGUGCGCGAGAGUGGCCCAGUUUCGGCGCGGUCACAUGUGGACGUCGAGCGGCGUAACGCCGCGGGGGAGCAACGCGUUGAAGUUGGCGCCGGGUUAGGUCGUUCUCUCCGAGCCGGUAUCGUGAAUUCGCUCCGGGAUUCGUGAAACGCAAGUGAGAAGUCUCUUCGUGUGUGCGUGUGUGUUGUGUGGGUGCGUGCGUGAUUAUCGUGAUUACGUGCGUUCGGGGUGGGCAGAAUAUCGUCCACGAUCUUGCGCUCGCAAGGACGAGAGCUCGCCGAGAAACAUGAAGUUGUCGCGCGACGUGAUCGACUUGAUCGGAGACGAGACGAAGCCGGCGUCGCGCGACCGAUGACGGUCGAGUGGUCCCGAUUCUUCCCGAAACGCCGUGUCUCGAUCUCGUUCUCGGGCGCGAUAAAAAAGGGAAAUAACGGCCGGUUUCCCGGAAUCGCGUUCGGUUGACUCUUGUUUACGCGCGCGGUCAUGUUUACGUGACGGGGCGCGUAAGGAAUCCGAGGUGCGCGAGGAGGACUGCGCGAUUCAAACGCGUGCGACUUGCGAGUGUGUGUCACUGUCGCCAGUCGCCGUCGUGUGCAGAUGAAAGGCGCGCGCGAGCGGCGGCAGAUUCGAAGAGGUUGCGUCGUGCGGCUCGUGCUCCGCACCCGCUUUCGUUAGCUCGAUUUCGUUACUGCGAUUUAUUCGAUUAACCCGUCGCAUUGUCGUGAGAGACCGCACGAUAGACUCGGCAAGAUAGACGGGACGAACUUCGAGCGGCAGCAGUCUCGUAGUUGGAAUCAGGACAGCAGCCUGGGACGCGGGAACGCGCGACAUCGAUCGAAUAUGCUGCCUACAAUUGAACGUUGCUGGUUUGUUGGGAUAAGAAUGUUCCUGCGUCGUCGCAAGUGCGCAGUGUGACGAUCAUCAGGUUACAUGCGAUGGAACGAUUGUUUUAAAGAAGAACGUGCAGCUAUCACAGUGCAAGCGCGAGGGAUCGUGUAUCACACGCAACCAUCGAAAGGGAAGUCGACGAUAAUGGUGUAUCUAAGUGCUAACAGAAUGGAUACGUCAAGAAAUCGAAUUAGAAGAAUGGUCGGCUUGCUCUGGUUCUGCUUCUUUUUCGCGGGAGUCCUGGCUGAAGGUACUUUGGAGAAACUACAUGAAGAACACGUGCGGGAAUUCAGCUGCGGCAUGCUGUACUACAGGACGCUCUACCUGGACAGUAAGAGGGAUGCCCUAUACGUCGGAGCUAUGGACAAGAUCUUCAGGCUAAAUCUGAGUAACAUCAGUCAUUCCAAUUGCGAGAGAGACGCUCUGAAUCUGGAACCGAGCAAUGUGGCAAAUUGCGUGUCCAAAGGCAAAUCAGAGCAUUUCGACUGCCGAAACCAUAUAAGAGUGAUACAGCCGAUGGGAGACGGCAAUCGCCUUUACAUGUGCGGUACAAACGCACAUUCACCUAAGGAUUGGGUGAUUUAUAGCAAUCUGACUCACUUACCGCGCCACGAGUUUGUCCCGGGAGUGGGAAUGGGUAUCGCGAAGUGCCCUUAUGACCCUGCGGACAAUUCGACGGCAGUCUGGGUCGAGAAGGGCAAUCCCGGAGACCUGCCAGCUCUUUAUUCCGGCACGAACGCCGAGUUCACCAAAGCCGAUACCGUAAUCUUCCGCACGGAUCUUUACAAUCUGACUACCGGUCGUAAGACAUAUAGCUUCAAGAGGACACUCAAGUACGACUCCAAGUGGCUCGAUAAACCGAACUUUGUGGGUUCGUUCGACAUUGGCAGCCACGUGUUCUUCUUUUUCCGCGAGACCGCGGUCGAAUACAUAAACUGCGGUAAAAGUGUGUAUUCCCGCGUGGCGAGAGUUUGCAAGAGGGACACUGGCGGUAAAAAUAUACUCUCGCAGAAUUGGGCCACAUACCUCAAGGCCAGAUUGAAUUGCUCGAUACCCGGCGAGUUCCCGUUUUAUUUCAACGAAAUACAGAGCAUUUAUAAGGUGCCGGGUGACGAUACGCAUUUCUAUGGAACCUUUACCACAUCGACGAACGGGUUAAUGGGUUCUGCGAUAUGUUCCUUCCACAUUGACGCCAUCCAAGAGGCUUUCCGCGGAAAGUUCAAAGAGCAAGCAACUAGCAGUAGCGCGUGGCUACCAGUCUUGUCGAACAAGGUUCCGGAACCGCGCCCGGGCCAAUGUGUCAACGACACAGAGACGUUGCCUGACACCGUCCUGAAUUUCAUAAGAUCCCAUCCACUGAUGGACUCCGCAAUUUCGCACGAGAACGAGAAACCUGUCUUCUACAAGCGGGACGUCAUGCUCACGCGAUUGGUCGUCGAUAAGCUGCGUAUCGACUUCGUGGGCAUCGAUUUGGAUUAUACUGUCUACUACGCCGGCUCUAGUGAUGGCCGCGUUCACAAGGUUGUACAGUGGAUCGACAGUAAUGGCGAAUCCCAGUCGAUCUUGCUGGAUGUUUUCGAUGUCACGCCUGGCGAACCAAUACAGGCGAUGGAGAUCUCGAAGGAACAUAAGGCUCUCUACGUGGCAUCGGAUCAUCGGAUAAAGCAGAUCGAUCUGGUAAUGUGCACUCGACGAUACGACAACUGUCUGCGAUGCGUCCACGAUCCUUACUGUGGAUGGGAUAAGGACUCAAACACGUGUAAACCUUAUGAACCAGGUCUUCUUCAAGACGUGUCGAACACCACGGCAGACGUUUGCGAUAGCAGCGUCGGCAAACGGAAACUGGUUGUCACAUGGGGCCAGUCGGUGCACUUGGGUUGCUUCGUGAAGAUGCCGGAGGUCCUGGCGAACCAAGAGGUGCGGUGGUACCAUUAUAGCAAAGAGAAGGGAAGGUAUCAGAUCGCGUACAAGUACGGCGCCGGCGGCGACAAAUUCAUCGAGACCUCGGAGAAGGGUCUGGUAAUCGUCGGCGUGAACGAGCAGGACGCCGGCAGAUACGACUGUUGGCUCGGCGGUGCUCUCCUGUGUUCGUACAACAUCACUGUGGACGCGCACAGAUGUUCGGCGCCUGCCAAGUCCAACGACUACCAGAAGAUUUAUUCCGACUGGUGUCACGAGUUCGAGAAGUACAAGUCGGCGAUGAAGAGCUGGGAAAGGAAGCAAGCGCAAUGCGCCUCGAGGCAGAACGACAGUAAUCAGAAUUUACACACGAACGAGGUGUACGGCACGCCCCUCGUCUGAUGGAGCCGAUCAUUGGGUCCCUCGUCGAGCCGAGAUUACGAUGAUACGAUGAUACGCAUAAGCGUCCCACCAAGGAAUCGCGGCUGGACCACGACCGGUUGGAUCGGCCUGGCCUUCCUGUUGGCCGGUCACGCCACCGCGCUUGGUCCGCUGGUCACUCGAGGACUCUUAAGUGACUGAAGUCGGUCCACGAUUCGCGAACCAGUGAACUGAAUAAAAGGUGUGAAAAACGUAUGAUCGAUCGUGUAUACUGCUAUCCACGUGCCACGGUGCCCGAGAGCUUCUCGUCGGCGCUACCGAUCGCGAGUGACCAUGAGUUUAUUGGCGAUCGGUGACCCGGGAGAACAUUCCAGUUCCGUUCUCGUCGCGCAUAUCCGACUU